UGGGCCAUUAUAACAGAUCCGUACGAGUACUCACUCCACAUCGAAUACACUCACACAUUAAAUACCCCUCCUCCUCGACAGCUGGACCCUCAACCCCUCCCUCGCCUGCAGUAUAAUCGAGUCACGUGGUACCACCACGUGCCCCUCCACCAUCCGCACCUUGUAACGCCACAGUAUGGCGGCCGCCACCAUCUUCAUCUGAACAAACGCCAUCUCCUUACCCAAACACGUCCUGGGUCCCGCAUUAAACGCCGGAAACCUAUACGACGGCACGUGAUUCACACCUCCCUUCCCCGAAACCCACCUCUCAGGCUUAAACUCCAUGUAAUCCUCACCCCACACGCCCUUCAUCCUCCCCGUCGAGUAAAACGAAAUAAUCACCUUCGUAUUCGUCUCCACAUAAUGGCCGCUCGGGAGAAAAUCCGGCGCCGCCGGAGCCUUAUAAACCAUCUUCUUCGACUCCUCUGCUCCGAAACGUCUCGAACUGCAGCCUCCCUGCUCGAUUUCCUCCAAAAUCUUGGCCUCGACAGAUGGGUUUCGGCUUAUGAGCCAGAAGAGCCACGUGAGGCACGUGCUCGUCGUGUCCCGGCCUGCGAACAUCAGGCUCAAGGCCGUGUCUCGAAGAAAAUCCCUCAAACCUUCCGACGAGCCGUUUUUCUCCAGGUAAGCAUCCUUAAAAGCAGCAAGCAAGUUGUGAUUAUUGUAAUUCUUCUUCUCGAUUGGAAUAUCGACGAGUGGGUAUAUGAAAUCGUCGAAAGCCUUCCACGCGCGGAUGAGUUUCCCUUCUUUCCCGACGCGGAGCCAUUUCUGAAGCUUCCAGAUGCCCUCCGGGAGCAGGUGCCGGUACAGCAGCGCCUCGAUAGCGUCGUUGAAGGCCUUCUCGCAGUCGACACGAGGCAUCUCGACGGACAGGCUGUGCGGGUCGUGGUCGAGCACGAUUUUGCAUAUGCCGUCGAAGCCUCUGGAAAACGUCCUGCAGGUCGAAAAUCGCGGCCCGAGCAGAGAAAGAAUCGAGGACGGGGCGUUUUCGACAUUUUCCCAAACGGAUUUUUCGAGGAGGCCGUGGAAAUUGGGGGUCGUUCUGCGGUGGAGCUCCCAGAGCUCGAAAUCGGCGUUGAAGAUACCGUCGCCGAGGAUUUCGAAGAUCUUGCGGAAUUCGGGGCCUUUGGGGUAGUUGGAGAAGUUGCGGCUGAAGAUGUGGUGGAUGUUGGCGGGGUCGCAGGUGGCGAGCAUGUCCGGGGAGAGGUAGCGGGGGAACUUGAUCUCGAAGGUUCCGCCGGAUUCGGAGAGGACGUCGGUGACGUAGGCGUGGAUGCGGUGGCUGUUGCGGAUGAGUGCGGGGAGCAUGCCGACCACCGGCCAGUUGGUGGGAAGAACCGAGGUCGAAAUCAACGCGAGCGCGAGGGCGAUGGUGAAGGUGAACAGAAAAAACUCGCCAGAAUUGGCCAUUUUUUUGGG